CAAUGUAGGAAGUAAGUCCCCUGCUUGACGUAAUGUCGUUCUUGUUUUGACAGCUAAAAGUCUGUGUUAACACUAAAGUGUCGUUGCGGUAUUUUCACAUCGAUUCAGGAACAACGUUUGACAACCACAACUUAUCAAGAGGAAUUGUCAUUUACACUGACAAGGUAAAUCAUCAACUUUCAAACGCACUCGCUACCUUAUAAAAGUGCUAUGACUUCCUAUAGCAUUUAGCCCAAGUCAAUACACACCAAAUGCUACAGUUAGGAAGACAUUUACGAUACAGCUUGAAUACUUGUAUAAGUCCAUAUGAGCCGCAGCCGAAACCCGCCCCCCCCUCCCCGGGGUCAAGGGGCUGCCCGCGCCAAACAGAUGGGGCUGCUGCUUGACCUGACCCCGGAGGGAGGUAUGGAUGAUGACGGCAACAAUGAAGAUCUUGAGGCAGAGCUUCUGAGUCUGAUGGGAGAAGGAGCGGGAGGAGGAAUGCAAAGGAAAAGACGUGAAAAUAAAGGUCCUGCUCAUAUGGCUGACAUUGAGCGCAUGGCGGCUCUUUGUAUGAAAGACCUGGACGAGGAAGACAUGGAGGAUGAAGAUCUGGAUGAUGAUGAAGAUCUGCUGGCAGAGUUGAAUGAAGUUCUGGAGGAUGAGGAAGAAAGCCGUUCUGCUCACACCCCACAAGCUCUUACACCGACUGCUCCCAAUGUCCGAGUUGCGUCCCAUUCUCAUCCUCCUGUCAAUUCCAGUGCUGCAACAGGUGCAGAGUCCCGCCUGUUAGAGCGAAUAGACAUGUAUAAGGCCGCCAUGGCCAACGCCACGGCUGGUGGGGAGAUCAGCAAAGUUCGACGAUAUGAGCGUGGAUUCAAGACGCUGCAGUCCAUGCUCACAUCCGUAAGGAAAGGUAAGCCGGUCAAUGAGGAGGAGAUGCCCCCUCCUGUUGCUGUUGGUGGAAAACUCAGUGCUGCAGUGUCUGAAUCCAUCGAGGAGAAAAAAGUCCCAGAGCCUGUCUUAAUGCCCUUAACUCCACCCAAUCAAAAACCUUCACAGGAGGCAGCACCAACAGCUCCUAAUACUAAGCCACGCCAUCUAGCUUUACCCCAGAAUAAUACUGCUGCCAUUAUGCCAGGAAGCCCUUCUAUCUCUCCACUCACACCCCAGCAGCUCAACACGAAGCACUCAGAUCUUAAACAGGCAGUGUUGUCCCGACAGAAGGAGUACAAGAUGGCUGCCAUAGAAGCCAAGCAGAGUGGUGACAUUAACCUGGCCAAACAGCAGUAUAUAACUGCCAAGAAGCUGGAUUCCUUGCUGGAGGCCAUAGACAAAGAUGAGCCAGUAGACCUCAGCUUGCUCCCUGCACCACCUGGGUCUGGAGUAGAAGAAAUAGUACUUCCUUCCUUUAAAGCAGCACCUCCUGUUGCUCCUGCACCCACACAGUUGCCAUCAGCUGAUCUCCAGGCUCCAAGCAGUGUCGGAGAAGCCUUGCAGCAGAGGUUGGACAUAUACAAGUCAGCAGCUGAGAGCGCUAAAAGCAAAGGAGAAGACCGUAAAGCUCGCAUGCAUCAGCGCAUCGUAAAGCAAUACCAGGAUUCCAUUAAAGCGCACAAGGCUGGGCGACCUGUCAGCUUGUCUGACCUACCUGUACCGCCAGGCUGCCCUCCAUUGCAGGGCUCAGAGAGAGAGCAGCAUAACUUUGUGGGUGUGCUGGAAACCGCAGUGAAGAUAGCUAAUGAGGAUCCAGAUGCAGAAGAGAACAAUCCCAGAGAGUCUGCCAAGACCUCUGUGCACACAUCUACCCAGAAGGCAAAGUCUCCCACCACAGGUGGCUCCAAAACUCUCAAACUAGGAGGCAAAGCACAACAGCAAGUGGAUUUCUUGUUGCUACGGCGACAUGCUUUUUUACGUGCAGCGCUACACUCCAAGCAGAUAAAGGACAUGACGGCAGCAGCGCAGCAUCUCAGACACGCUAAAGGACUCGACCCCAUGGUCGACGCCGCCAAGUCUGGCCUUCCUGUUGAUAUUACCAAGAUUCCCAGAAGCCCAGUCAGCGAAGAAGACUACUCAUUGGCUCGCUCGCGUGCAUCUCCACUUUCUCCUCGCACCAGCGAGCAGUACCAAGGCCUCAUGGAUCUUUUGCGCAAGCAGCACGAAAAAUGUGUGAGCUCCUCGCUGCAGUUCACACACAUGGGCAAUGUUGCAGAGGCUCUCAAGUGUGAGAAACUUAUGGAAGAGUCUUGGAAGAACAUUGAAAUAUUAAAGAAUGCUCACGCUAAAGGCCAACCAAUUCCUAAGUGCCACACGCAGGAAAAGAUCCUCAGUGUCGCAAAGAACUACCCCUCUUUGGCUCCCAAUGAAAUGAUACUGUACAUCAUCAGAGCCACAAACCUACCUGCCCCGUCAGGUGUGUCAACCAGUGAUCUGGAUACCAGUGUGAAAUUUGAUUUUCCUUUUCCCAGUGCGGAGGAGGCGCAGAGGGACAAAACCAACACGGUGAAAAGCACCAGCAGUCCAGAAUUUAAAGAGCAGUUCAGACUUAACAUCAACAGAACACAUCGGGGAUUUAAACGAGUCAUCCAGUCCAAAGGCAUCAAAUUUGAAGUCGUCCAGAAGGGGGGCCUCUUUAAAACUGACAAGAUUUUGGGCACAGCUCAACUCAAGCUGGAGGGCCUAGAAAACCACUGUGACAUCAGAGAGAUAAUUGAGGUGAUGGAUGGACGUAAGGCCACAGGUGGCAAGUUAGAUGUGAGGGUGAAGAUCAGAGAGCCGAUAUCUGGGGUGGAUCUCCAAGCAGUGACUGAGAAGUGGUUGGUCCUUGAAGCGGUCUCAUCACUCUCGCCUCCAGACAGAAGACAGCGGGCUCCAUCUCCUCGAUCCAAAGCCAAACAUGAAGCCAGCAGCAGGAGCAGCAGGAGCAGUCAGGCCAACAACUCGUACAAACUGCACAGCUUCAGCCUGCUCAACUACGACAAGGAGCGCUUGGAGAGAAAGAUUACCGAGUACAAGAAGAACAGACGAGACCCUCCAAGUGAUGUCCUUCAUCAGUACAAAGAUGUCACACACAGGCUGCAGUGGCAAAAGGCGGAGCUGGAGGGAGCCUCUUCUGCUCUGCUCACAGAGUAUGAAAAAGUGCUGCAGCGCUUCACCCAAGGACUCGCUGACUCUGUGAAGAAAUUCUCAAGUCAAGGCAACAGAGAUGCUGCCAAGGAUGCUCUUAACAGGUUGAGGAUGGUAGAAAACGAGUUGGAAUCGCUGCAAAGGAAACGUGCUGGAUAAGAAGACUAGUGGUUCAAGGAAUUGGCUACAGUACUGUUAUCUUUUUUACUUAUACACGCACACACACAGACACUAACACUUUCGUACUCAUCAGACUAUACAUGACUGUGCUGCUCAUGUCAAUCAUAAAUCUUAUUAGGACAUAACAUUCAGAGAAAAAAAACAACAAUAGUCAGUUGAUAUUGGAUAUCAAGCCGAUAACAGGAAAAAAAAAAAAAUCAAGUAUGGGAUCAUAUGUGCCUGCAUAUAAAAUAAGUGUAAUACCGUAUUUUACGGACUAUAGAGCGCACCGGGAUAUAACCUGCACCCACUAAAUUUUAGAAAAAUAAAUGCUGAUCAUUCCUACCAGCUGAUGUCUGCUGGUGUAAGGUAAUGCAUCACAGUCGAUAUACAAUAGUGUAGUAUUCUAUGACUCAAUCCAUAACUAUCAAAAGUAUGUUUGUACUUCUCAACCGUUCAAAGUUAAACCAUGUGGACGUGCACUAUUGAUGCAGAAAAAGUGUUCCUUGGCUACUUUGCUGUUAGUGUAUCACAACUCCUAAAAUACCAUUUAGUACAUUCAUUUUAAAGUAAGUUCAUAUGUCAGGAAUUUAACACCCAAGAUAAUUAAGGUCAAUCUGUAUAUUUAGUAAAGGAAAAUCAAACUUGCUCAUGUGGAUUUGAAUAAAGAUGUUUUGCUGAUGUAACAAACAUGUUUAACCACAUCGCCUCCAAACAAACACAUAAUGCCUCUCCUUGUUGUCAUGGUGACAAGCUCAUCAGCAUUCAGUGUGGAAUUGGGAUAGUUUACAUUUUUCAUUCAUUCUCCUUUUAAGGUAAUUAAUGAGACUUCACAAUUGAUAGACAUAUUUAUAUUUACCUUGGCGUAUUCAACCAAUCAAUGUUGUAUUAUGUUCUUUCAUGUCAGGGCAAUCAGAGUAAUAUGUAUUCAGAAAUAGAGCAUGGAAUGCUCAGUGUAUAUUAAUGAUUACUUGUGCAGUUAAAGUGAGAACGAAUGGCCAGCCUCGUCUUUAUUUUCUUGCUAUGGUCAUGCUUUGUGUUCUUGUCAAUAAAUGCUGAAUGCUUUCUCUAA